AUUCUCACCUUCACCACAACAUUCUCCAAUACAUAACAUAAAAAAAGGCCAUAUUAUUUCAAAUCUUUGCCUUUGCAUUGAAGUUGUUCCCAUUCUUUCUCUCUUUCAAAAAUUCAAUUGAACCCCCCCAAAAAAAACUCCUUCCCUGUCUGGUUUUCAAUCUUAGACAUACAAAGACUCAUUUUUUCUUACAAAUUUGAUAAAACCCACUAUCUCCGUAGCUCCACAGAAGAAAGAAAGAAAGAUUAAAGCAAAACAAACAAAUAAAACCCAUGAUUUUUUAGGACCUGUCCUGUAUGAUUCUUCUUUUUCAGAACUUCAAUUCCAUCAAGAUUUUGAUUCCUUCCGAGAAUUGGACGUCCCUACUCAAAAGGGUAUCUCUCGUUUUGCUGUUAAUCUUUGUGAAAUUUUUGUAUAUCAUUGCUGAAAACCCCAUUGGCGUCACAACAACCACCAUGAAGGUCCAUCCCAUGCCCAAGAAGCGAAACAUCACAAUCCACUAUGAGAUAAACAAUCGAAGGGACCUGACUUCGGAAUCUCGGGCGGGUCUGGCCCACAAGAAACUCCGGCGGCUACCCCAUGUUUUUAGUCGGGUUUUGGAGCUUCCGUUUCGGUCCGAUGCCGAUGUCUCGGUUGAGGAGAGCGCUGAUUUCUUCCGUUUCGUGGCCGAGACGGAGGGUUUCGGCGUCGAUGUGAGGGCUCACACGGUCGAAAUCCAUCCUGGGGUGACGAAGAUUGUGGUUAGGGAAAGUGGGUCAACGGAGUUGCCCUUGGACGAGCUCGAACUCGACAUGUGGAGGUUUCGGUUACCGGAGACGACUCGACCGGAGCUCGCUAGUGCGGUCUUUGUCGACGGCGAGCUCAUCGUGACGGUGCCGAAGGGCGAGGGCGUUGAGAACUCCGAGCAUGGAGGAGAUGGUAGUGGCGAGGUUUGGGGCGAUGGCACUGGAAAUGGGAAUAAUUUCCGAGGAGGUAUGGGAAGCCGGCUUGUGCUUGUACAGUAAUAAAGAAAUGCCCUUUUUUUAAGAUAAAAAAACUUUAAACUUUACUUCUUUUUCUUCAGUUGGAUUUAGUAACAAAGUUAAAUGAUGAUGAUGAUGCUCUUGAUGAAACUAGUUGUUGUAUGCUUCUUUCGUUAAAUCAAUCAAGAAUGUUGCUUUUGUUAAAUUUUCAUUGAUGAUGGUAUUGACGAUGGCGAUGGCAAUGGCAAUAGCAUUUGAAAUUGAAAGAGUUCGUGGACUUCUUUUUUUUA